GCGACAACUCGGAUAUUCUUCAUUAAUAACUUGGAAUUUAGAGUCUCGAGCUCACGUUGUUUCGUUUCUGGUUAGUCACGACAAUGGCUGUGGUCAUCUUCUCUCGCUCUCGCCAUCAUGCAUAUGACCUCCGCAUGCAUUCAUUUCUCAGAAGUGUACAUAUAUACGGCACUGGCAGCAACAUACAAGUGAACUCCAUAUCUCGUACCGGUGUCCUGCUGUUGUCAAAUGUGAUGCAUCAAACCGAGGCCCAACUUGGGGUUCAAAGUAGCUUACGAGUAAAGACUCGGAUCGUAUCUCAUACCGGUGGUGCUGCGGUCAAAUGUACCCUUCCAAGUCUGUUCUGUCACCCUGCAGGGUGACGCAAUUCAGCUGCCAUCUUCAUUCCAUGGGGUUUGUGUAUCUGCAUCGAGGUUACACCAAUUGGACGGCAGGGUGACACAAUUCAGUUGCCAUCAUUCCAUGGGGUUUGUGUAUCCGCACCGAGGUUUCACCAAUUGGACGUAGACAGCUAAGCUUACGAAUAAGGUAGCAUCAUGAAUUGAAUCGAAUGAGUAGCUCGGAGUAUUUCCGAAUCCCGAGAACCCCAUUCUGGAAAAGGACACCUAUGUGUAUAGUGUUUGUAGUUCUCACAGUAUGC